AUGGUUCUUGAUGCUGUUGCUACUUCCGAAAGCGCUUUGUUGCGUGCUCUGGAGAUGUUGAAGGCCACUGCAGGUCCCGGAACAGUUCAUCAUUCGUCCGACUCAAUUGUCACAGGCGAGACAGAUGACAGCGAAGAUGAGUAUCAGCCGGGUCAAAAAGAGUCGGAACAGGAUCAAGCGGAUGAGACAACAUUAGUUACGCUGAAGAAUGCUCACCGUGUCACUCAGCGCGCCAUGCUUACCAUGGAAAGAGAGGGGAAGCAACGCCAUGCCGAAGAGCAGGUCGGGUUCAUCAUCAUAAAACGCGACAAUAACAAGCCAGAUGCCUAUGGCGAGUCGUCAGAAACAUACGGCCCGCUGCCGUGGCCGGGAGUCGCCGAAGCAUACAACAAAAAGUACGAUAUGUCUGUGGGUCCAGCGGCGAUGGAGAAGCGCGCACGACAACACCGACCUGCUUGGUUAGCCAAACAUCCAGGUUAUCCCCUCAAAAUAAUGUACGCAAAGAAACCAAAGACACAAGCCAUUCGGCGCUCGAAGGUUGCCGCCCUACACGCUCAAGCUCCUUGCGUGCAAGCCUACACCAGCAACCAAAAGGUUCGUGGUCCUACUGAGGUCUCUCAUGCUGACAGACCGCAGAUGCGUGUGGACAAGGGCGAAGUUUCCAUCUCCAAUGAACGCAUCGCCGGAUGGAUGCCUCCAGAUGCCAUUCGAAAUCGAGCAGACGUACAUAACUACAUAGACGACCUAAUGUCGGCACACGUCGAAAAGGUUGUACUAGAGGUACAUGACGCACAUGACUCACCAUCUGAAGUUGUCAUCGGCGACCUCGAAGACCUUGGUAGCAGCUCCGUGGUGCUUCAGCAAUUAAUGGCUGCCGACAGCGAAACGACAGUACAGGUUGAAUGCUCAUCUAUAGAGGUCGUUCAGUGCUUCAAGAUGACCAUAUGUGCGGGCUGA